GUGCACUCAGAAUGGUGGAAUCGCAAAUGGUUCGAGGAAGUAAGCUAAGCUAGCCCUAACCUAACUCUAAACAUACAUAGCAUCACCAACCUAUUUCUUCUUCCUUCCAACAAGUUCCAACUCGAAACACUCACUCACUCCUCUCUUUGCUCUCAACUCCACACUCUCACUCUGGUUCGUUAUCAUUCCCUCUCUCUCUCUGCUCUGUUCAUUUCAUUCCUUAAUUGCUUUAUAUCGAAUUUCGCAUCCCUAUGUCUGUCGCCUUAUAAAUUACGAUUCGCCUUUGCCAAAAUUCUCGUUCGUUGCCGUGUUUCCGCCGUCGCCGAUUGUUCUGACCGCAGAUCGGUUUCAAUGGCUUCACCGGCGUGGUUGCCGCAGGAGUCGCAGCCACCAGUGUCUGGUGAAACGCCUCUUCCCAUGGCUUCUUCCGCUCAUACAACUCCUUCUACUGCUCAUGCAAAAUUAUUUAACGCAACCGCGUUUGUAGCUCCGGCACCGGCACCGCCAUUCGCUUACGGCAUGCUUCAGAAUGUUAACGCUUCCGGAAGUUCUCAACAGUCAUCGACGCAUCCUGGGAUGAAAUCCAAUUCUGCAGUGAAUCCCAUGGUUGUUCAACCUCCAGGUGUCUCUUUACAUGCUGCUCCUUCAUUUUCAUAUAAUAUUCCCCAAAGUGGUGCCAUUUUUUCUAGCAACCAACAGCAUGCACAAUCUAGCACUAACAUGCCAGAUUCUGUUGCACAGGAUGUUGGUAAAUUGUCAUCUGCGUCAAGUAUCCCACAUUCUGUCCCUGCUCAUACUUCUACAUCCAUAAUGCCUCCACCCUCUGACCCUAAUUAUCGCCCAGCUACUUCAUGGAUGCCAACUGCCAUGUCUUUUCCCGUGCUUCCUGUAAUGCCUACUCAAGGGAAUCCUGGCCCUCCUGGAUUAGCAUCAUCUGCAAUAAUAUCCUCCAAUCCUGCUGCUCCAUCCACAGGCACAGAUUCUUCUCCAGCUGCAUUACUGAGACCAAACAUGCCAACUUCAGCCAUUGCAUCAGAUCCUACCGCCCCUCAGAAAGGCUUACCCUAUCCAUCUGUGCCUGCCAUGGCUGCUCCCCCUCAGGGACUUUGGUUACAGCCCCCACAGAUGAGUGGUGUACUUAGGCCACCAUAUCUUCAAUACCCUGCUCCUUUUCCUGGUCCCUUUCCAUUUCCAGCACGUGGUGUUGCUCUCCCUGCUGUUCCGAUACCUGAUUCUCAACCUCCUGGUGUUACACCUGUGGGUGCUGCUGGUGGCACUUCUACACCUUCUUCUAGUCAUCAGCUGAGGGGAACAACUGCUUUGCAAACAGAAGUUAUUUCAGGGCCUGCUGAUGAUAAGAAGAAAUUAAAUUCCGUUGACACUGUCAAUGAGGAUGCUGCUAAUAACGAUCAAUUAGAUGCCUGGACAGCCCACAAGACUGAAGCAGGAAUUAUAUACUAUUACAAUGCUGUGACAGGAGAAUCAACAUAUGAUAAACCUGCUGGCUUUAAAGGGGAGUCUCACCAAGUUUCUGCUCAGCCCAUUCCAGUUUCAAUGAUGGAUUUGCCUGGUACUGAUUGGCGGUUGGUCUCCACUAGUGAUGGAAAAAAAUACUACUACAACAAUCGGACCAAGACUAGCUGCUGGCAAAUCCCAAAUGAGGUGGCUGAAUUGAAAAAGAAGCAGGAUGGUGAUGUUACAAAAGAUCAUUUAAUGUCAGUUUCAAAUACUAAUGUAUUGUCCGAUAGAGGGUCAGGAAUGGUUACUCUGAAUGCUCCUGCUAUUAAUACUGGUGGUCGUGAUGCUGCUGCUCUUAAACCCUCUAGUCUACAGAACUCGCCAUCGGCUUUGGAUUUGAUCAAGAAGAAAUUGCAGGACUCAGGAACACCUGUUGCUUCCUCUUCUAUUCCUGCCCCAUCUGUACAAACAGGACCUGAAUCAAAUGGUUCAAAAACAGUUGAUUCUACAGCUAAGGGCUUGCAAGUAGAUAAUAACAAAGAUAAAGCAAAAGAUACUAAUGGUGAUGCUAAUGUCUCUGAUACAUCCUCAGAUUCUGAAGAUGAAGAUAAUGGGCCUUCGAAGGAGGAGUGCAUCAUUCAAUUUAAGGAGAUGCUUAAGGAGCGAGGAGUGGUACCAUUCUCAAAGUGGGAGAAAGAAUUGCCAAAGAUAGUAUUUGAUCCACGUUUUAAGGCCAUCCCAAGUUAUUCUGCUAGGAGAUCCUUGUUUGAGCAUUAUGUUAAAACUCGUGCAGAAGAAGAACGUAAAGAAAAACGUGCUGCACAGAAGGCUGCAAUUGAAGGAUUUAAGCGGUUACUGGAUGAAGCCUCAGAAGAUAUUAAUUACAAUACUGAUUAUCAAACUUUCCGGAAGAAAUGGAGAAAUGAUCCACGGUUUGAGGCAUUGGACCGCAAGGAACAAGAGCACCUAUUGAAUGAAAGAGUGCUUCCUUUGAAGAAAGCUGCUGAAGAAAAGGCUCAAGCAAUGCGUGCAGCUGCUGCUGCCAGUUUUAAGUCAAUGCUUAAAGAGCGAGGAGAUAUAUCUUUUAACUCCCGUUGGUCCAGGGUCAAAGAAAAUUUAAGGGAUGACCCAAGAUAUAAAUGUGUGAGGCAUGAGGAUAGGGAAGUUUUGUUCAAUGAGUAUAUAUCUGAACUGAAAGCUGCUGAACAUGCAGCAGAAAGAGAGACCAAAGCUAAAAUGGAGGAGCAGGACAAGCUCAGGGAAAGAGAACGGGAGCUGCGCAAAAGAAAGGAAAGAGAAGAACAGGAAAUGGAAAGGGUGCGACUAAAAAUUCGAAGAAAGGACGCAGUUACUUUAUUUCAAGCUUUACUUGUGGAGACAAUCAAAGACCCUCUGGUAUCAUGGACGGAAUCUAAGCCUAAAUUAGAAAAGGAUGCUCAAAGACGUGCAACUAAUCCUGAUCUUGAUCCAUUGGACACGGAAAAGCUCUUUCGGGAACAUGUCAAGAUGCUUCAGGAACGUUGUGCGCACGAGUUUAGAGUUCUCUUAGCUGAAGUAUUGACUUCUGAUGCUGCAUCUCAAGAAACUGACGAUGGAAAAACAGUGCUUAAUUCUUGGUCUACAGCUAAACGUCUUUUAAAAUCUGAUCCAAGAUAUAACAAAGUUCCAAGAAAAGAAAGAGAAGCAUUGUGGCGCCGCUAUGCUGAGGAUAUGCUGCGGCGGCAAAAGGCAUCUCAUGAUUCCAGGGAAGAGAAACAUACAGAUGCUGAAGGUAGAAAUUAUCUAGAAUCUUCCAAACAUCCAUUUGAAUCUGGGAGAUCGUACGAGCGAAGAUAAUUCUUUUCGAAAUUCUUGUCAUAACAGUUAUCUCUUCUCUCCUAUGCCAGAGAUUAGGUUUCUUUAGUUUGAAGCCCUGACAUUAGAACAUAAUUAUAUUACCUUUUUUAAGUUCUUAAUACUGUGUUUAGUACAUUACUCUCAUUCCUCAGACCGCAUUUGUAUACUAUUACCAUUCUUGAGAGCAGAAGUAUCAUUGAGGGCAGUGCCCCAUAUCCUUUUUCAAUUCUCAAAUCAAUUUGUUCCGUCUUUGAAA